GUGGCACAAGCUACACUCCAAGGCUGGGAAGAAGGAGAAGGAGCGUGGUGAGAUCCUGGUGAGCAUCCAGUUCACGCGCAACAACCUCACGGCCAGCAUGUUCGACCUGUCCGUGAAGGACAAGCCGCGGUCGCCCUUCGGCAAGCUGAAGGACAAGGUGAAGGGCAAGAAGAAGUAUGACCUGGAGUCAGCCUCUGCCAUCAUCCCCAGCAGCAUGGGCGGCCUCGACGUGGAGGAGGACUACGAGGUGGGGGGCAAGAAGUCCAAAGUCAAGGGCUUCUUCUUGAAGAACAAGCUGCGCAAGUCGUCCCUGACGCAAUCCAACACCUCCCUGGGGUCCGACAGCACCAUCUCUUCUGCCAGCCUGGGCUGGGCUGCCAAUGCUCCCGAGGUGCCCCAGUCCCCCAGCAGACACAGCAGCCUGGCUACCGAGCACUCUGAGAAGGACAACCUGCCCUCUCCGAAGAUGACCCACAAGAGAGCCUUCAGCGACGAUGUCUCCCAGGUCAGCCCGGCCCUGGAACCCAAAGCAACCCAAAACCUGAAGCCAAAGAAUGAUCCCGUGUCCAGAUCUUCCCUCUGCAUCAACGGGAGCCACGUUUACAGCCACGAGCCUGCACCAAAGAGCCCCGUGUCCGUCCCGCAGAGCUCGGCCGGGCCCAGGAGGCAGGAGGAGGCCUUUGGCUUCACCCCCCUCCAUCCCGACCCCCACCAGCUGCCCUGGGGGGCCAGCAGCUUGGAGAGGACGCAGCAGAGAGACGAGCCCAGGUUCAUCCCCUCCCCUCCCAGCCUGGCCUUGCAGGAGGAGCUCAAGGUGUCCACGAAAGCUGUCACCCUCAGCAACCACCUGGGCAGGGCCAAGAUGGAAGAAAGCAGCCGCUUGGAGGGCAGGCCCACUCAAGCUGCAGCACCCAUGGUCUUCUCGUCGGGUGUGACAAGGGACAAGCAGCCCGAGGAGACGAGGAAGGAAGACAAGAAGGCAAAGAGUGGCCUCUUCCACCACGGGGGCAGCAAGGGCGAGGCGGGGAGCAAAGGGCAGGGGGAGAAGGUGGGACCCCCCCACGGCUCCUCCACCCACGCUGGGGGAGACGAGAGGAGCAAAACCAGCGGCUGGUUCGGUUUGAAGGAGCCCAAAGAGUCCCCUCAGAAAGCCAGUCCCCACGUGGUGAAGCCCAUCAGCGCUGCCGUGCAGGAGGUCUCUAGUGAGAAGAAGCAGCAGCACAGGUCCAGCCUGUCCACAGCUCUGAGCAAUGGCCUGGAGAAGCUGAAGACAGUCACCACGAGCAGUGUCCAGCCUGUGGCCCCCUCCUCUCACCUGGAGAAAACGGACUCCAAGAAGUCAAAGGAUCCCACCAUACUGGACCAGUCAGCCAAGUAUUAUCACUUGACCCACGAUGAACUCAUCCAGCUCCUGCUGCAGAGAGAGAAGGAGCUGAGCAAGAAGGAGGAGCACAUCCAUGAACUGGAGAACUACAUUGACCAGCUGCUGGUGCGCAUCAUGGAACAGUCUCCCACGCUCCUCCAGAUCCCACUGGGGGAAAGCAAGGCCAAGUAA